AUGGCGGCGGCGGCGGCGACAGAGACGGCCGGGGUGGAUCCCGGGGCCAUCUUGAAUCUCAACGUCGGUGUCUUGGGUCAUGUGGAUAGCGGGAAGACUUCGCUUGCCAAAGCGCUCAGCACCGUCGCCUCCACGGCUGCCUUUGACAAAAAUCCACAGAGCAAAGCCCGCGGCAUCACCUUGGACUUGGGAUUUUCAUCGUUCAUGCUCCCCCUACCCGCCCAUUUGCAAGUUCCGGGCAAGGAGCUGCUGCAAGUCACGCUGGUUGAUUGCCCCGGCCAUGCAUCGCUCAUCAAAACCAUUAUUGGCGGCGCUCAAAUCAUCGACUUGAUGAUGCUCGUCAUUGAUGUUCAGAAAGGCAUUCAAACGCAAACCGCCGAAUGCCUUAUCAUUGGCGAGAUCACCUGCGACCGCCUGGUGGUGGUCAUCAACAAGGUCGACAUGCUGCCCGAGGGCGAUCGUGAGAAACAAAUCGAAAAGAUGAAGCUUCGUCUUGCCAAAACAUUUGCUCAGACCCGCUUCAAGAACCCACCCAUGAUCACAGUGGCCGCCAAUCCUGGCUCGGGCUCACCGCAAGGCAUUGAGAACCUGAUGGACCAGCUCGUCCAGGCCCUGCCCCGCCCCGCCCGCCAAGUGGAUGGACCCUUUCAGUUUGCCGUCGACCAUUGCUUUCCCAUCAAGGGCCAGGGAACCGUGUUGACGGGCACUAUUACCCGAGGUCGUGUCAAAGUAGACGACAUGAUUGAAGUGCCUCACUUGCAGGUUCAACGCAAAGUCAAAUCGAUGCAGAUGUUCAAGCGGCCAGUGACCUCGGCCGUCCAAGGUGACCGUCUGGGCAUUUGCGUGACACAGUUUGAUGCCAGUAGCAUGGAGCGAGGCAUCUUGGCAGCUCCCGGUAGCAUGCGGGCCGUCACAGCGGCGGUUGCAGCGGUCCGGCGUAUCCGGUUCUAUAAGCAAGCCCUCUCGUCUCGAACCAAGAUCCACGUUUCAGUGGGCCACCAUACACUUCUCGCCACCGUCCUCUUCUUCAAAUCGACUCAGCCGAAAUACGAGUUGGAUGGGCCGCUACCCGAAGGUGCCUUGGAUUUUGACACUGAGUAUGCUUUUUGUGACGAGCUGGACACGGACGAGACCUGCCAGCAGUAUGCCGUGCUAGAGUUUGCCACGCCCGUGAUGUGCAGCCCCACAAGCCUGGUCAUCGGCUCCCGGCUUGAUGCCCAGCACGACGCGUCUGCCUGCCGGCUAGCAUUUCAUGGGCGACUGCACGCCAUCACGUCCGAGGCCGAUCCCCGUACUUCCUGGCUACCCUCGAUCCGCGUCUACCGAGACCGCGUGCGCGAGGGCACAGUCGAGCGGGUCCAUGACGAUUACACGCUUGUCUGCCGGGACAUGUUCACCAAGGAAACAGACAUGAAUAAGUUUGCCUACAAGCCGAUCACACUCUCCACGGGAGACACGGGGAUGAUUGAGGGGGCGUUUGGACAAUCCGGCAAGUUCAAGGUCCGCCUAGAUGAGCCUUUAUCACAGGCCGCCCGCGAUCGGCUUCCCAAGUCCCGGAAGCAAGGGCCCGUCAUUCCAGAUGAACCCGUGCUCGUGGCCCUCCACUUGCGCAAGUACCAGUUUGCCAACAAGUAG